UAGUAGUAGUGUAGUUACUCGGGGUGUCUACUUUAUCACGUCCACUACUUAAGCAGUUGUAUUAGGAACUAAUUAACAUCUAUUAAUUAAUUACCUCAUAAUCAUCUUCUUAAUUCUCCAUGCAUAAUCUCACUUCCACUCCAUAAUAUGCCUUCACAUUCACCGUCACCGUCACCGUCACCGUCACCUGAAAAUGAUACAAUCACUUCAACAACCACUCCAAAACCGCCACCAACAUUCGUUAACUUCUCAAUUCCACCACUAACGCCGUUAAAACCAAUAACUGAACCAAUUGAUGAUAAAGUGGCUUUACAACCACCACCGCCGCAGCCGGUGAAAUUUACUGCUCCGUUACCGACGCCACCGCCGCCGGUAACGGCGUUAUCGUAUCCUGUUAAUGAUUCGACUAUACAAGUUACUGGAGAUGAAACGUCGCCGUUAAAAGUUCAAACGUCAUCGUCAAGUACAUCAAUUGGAGCAGUAAUUGGAAUAUCUGUAGGUGUUACUGGAGCGUUCUUCAUUGUUGCUGCUGUUAUAUUCUUAGUUUGUUGCAGAAAUAAGGUUAAAAGUGCAAAAUUGCAUGAUCAUGAAUCGCCAAGGCCUAAAGAUGACUUGUACCAUGUUCUGCAUCAAAGUUUAAAACAGCAAAAUGUAGCAAACGGUUCUCCUGUUUCCCCAAAGCAAGUGAUACCAUUCCGGCCACUUCACUGCUUCGACAACAAUCUUCAUUCCAAUACUAACAAUUUAGACACUGAAAAUCAGUUUUCACCAAAAGACCACAUAGUGGCUUUAGCUGUUUCUGGUGGCAAUUUCACAUAUGAAGAGCUGUGGUCAGCAACUAGUGGAUUCUCUACGUCCAACCUUCUAGGUGAAGGUGGAUUUGGGUAUGUACACAAAGGAGUCCUCCCUACAGGAAGAGAGAUUGCAGUUAAACAGUUGAAGGUUGGUAGCCAUCAAGGGGAGCGUGAAUUUCAAGCAGAAGUAGAGACUAUUAGCCGAGUGCAUCACAAACAUCUUGUGUCUUUGGUCGGAUACUGCAUGACUGGAAUAAAGAGGUUGCUUGUUUACGAAUUUGUUUCCAACAGGACUUUAGAGUAUCAUUUACAUGGGGCAGCCCAAACCUUUAUGGAAUGGUCAGCUAGAAUAAAAAUUGCUAUAGGGUCAGCCAAAGGAUUGGCCUAUCUGCAUGAAGACUGUAACCCCACUAUCAUUCAUCGUGAUAUCAAGGCAGCUAAUAUUCUUCUUGAUUCUAACUUCGAAGCUAAGGUUGCUGACUUUGGACUUGCCAAAUUCUUAUCUGAUUCAAGCCAUCAUGUUAGUCAUGUCUCUACUAGAGUGGUGGGAACAUUCGGGUAUCUGGCCCCCGAGUAUGCACAGAGUGGAAAGGCCUCAGAUAAGUCUGAUAUCUUCUCCUUCGGGGUCAUGCUUCUGGAGUUAAUUACAGGGCGUCUGCCUAUAAUCUCAACUGAAUCCUCCGCAUGCAGCAGUUUAGUCAUAUGGGCAAGGCCUUUGCUUAGAAGAGCGUUGGAAGAUGGAAAAUUUGACGCUCUAGUGGAUCCAUGUUUGGGACAAAAUUACAACAGCGAGGAGAUGGCUAAUAUGGUGGCUUGUGCUGCUGCUUGUGUGCGUCAUUCAUCAUGGAGAAGACCCCGAAUGAGUCAGGUACUUCGUGCUUUAGAAGGUGAUGCCUCUAUCCUGGACCUUGAUGAGGAAAAUAGACCAGGAGAGAGUACCGUUUGUGACUUUGAUUCCGAUGGACGCAAUUUCUUUGAGAACUUAAAGCAAAUCCAGCACAGCACUUUGAAGUCAAAAGAAGAAAUGGUAAUACCAGCACAUAUUAUUCAACCAUGCACCAAGGCUUUCAUGGCAGUAAGCCAGUUGAAGAUGGAGUGAGAUGAACGAAGCUCUUUUUCCUUCUUAAUUUUCUUUCUUUUCACUCGUGUAGAUGAUAAAUCGAGGGUGAUUGAGGGAAAAAAAUAUGGUCAUUACCAUCAAAGUUUUGUCUCACUUAGUAACAAUACUUCUGCCAGAGGAUUGAUGUUUAUAGUUAUUUGAAAGCCCAAAACGAGAAGUAAAAGGAGAAAAAGGAAUCAGCAUGAGAUAUUCAGUAUAUCACUAAGUAAAAGCUUUGUAUAUAAGAUGAAUGUACAGAUGUACUUAUAGGUCUCUUCCCCUUUUUUCUUUUCUUCUUCCUUUGUGCUGUAUGAAAAAGAAUUUUUGCGUA